UUUACCUUUGCAAUUAAUUAAUUUGUUUCUAAUUUGUGAUUAAUUAAUUUUCUAAUUGUUUCCAAUUUGUUUUCUUUUUGUUUGUUUAAGUCUAUUGAUUGAUAAACCUCCUUAAUAACCUUGAUUCUUAAGAUGACUCUUCAAUGUUGCUCAAUGAUUUUUGAUUGUUGAGAGUUAAUUUUAAUUCUAAACAAUUAACUCUACCCUUACUUUUAAUUUACCACCAACAAUAACUAAUCAAUUGUGAAACAAACAAAAUGGGCAAAGAUAAGCCCACAAUGACAAAAACUUUGUUCUGUUUUCUAGUCUCUAGUUUAACUUUUGCUGUUGUACAAUCAAAGGAAUUUACUGAUUCAAUUAAUUCUGGAUAUUCAGUGGCCUUACCUUAUGGACAAUCUUCUUCACCCACCGCAUCAGCGACUCUUGUAGCGACCGCUGCAACCGGAUCUUCACCACCAGUACCCUCAGCACCAACCUCUGGUUUAGAUGAGCUUCAAAGUGCUGCUCAAUAUCAACAAGUCGCUUAUUCCAAUGGGCCAGUGGUCAAUAGUGUCGCUGGUUCGUACGGAAAUAAUGCCGGACCGAUGAGUGCUGCUGAUCAACAACAGAAACAGGGUUAUAUCAGUAACAACAAUUAUGGUUUAGUUCAACAAGCACCACCACAGAUUCAAGUGCAACAAUAUCAGCCACAAUUAACUCAAGCUCUUCAACAAACUUUACAGCCAAUUUAUCAAUUGUUGAAUUAUGGUCAACAAUCACAAUCACAAUCACAACCCCAACAACAGCAACAGCAUCAACAACAACAACAACAACAACAACAGCCACAACAGCAAAUGCAACAACAGGUCAGUUAUGAACCACAACAACCACAGCAACAAAUUCAACCUCAACAACAACAAAUUCAGCAAACUCAACUUAAUUAUGGUGCAGUUGUUGAUAAUGGUGCUUAUAAUGGACCAACUGCCACACCGAACGCUCAAGGUAAUCAAAAUGGCCCCAAGAAAACCGUUAUUCUUGCGAUUCCCGUUAAAUUAGCUCUUCAAGUGCCAGAAAACAAGGGAGGUUAUGAAGACAAACAACAACAGCAACAGCAACAGGUUCAACAACCUCAACAACAACAACAACAGCAACAGCAACAGCAAAGCUACGCUGGCCCAGGGCCAAGUAUUAAUUACGCUACCACGAACUACCCCGCACCUCGUCCUUAUGAGGGAAACAACGGUGCCAGUGAACAGAAAAACAAUGAAUAUCGAGCUCAACCCGUUUACAAUUCUCAAUCAUAUGAAAAUUCAAACUCUCAAAGUUACUCACCUUCAUCAUCUUCCUCUCCAUCCUCAUCUUCUGGUGUUAAGGGUUCCUCUUACAACAGGGACUCCAGUCAAUAUGAUAACCAACAAAAAGAUGAAUACUCAAGCAAAGGUCCCUCAUAUAAUGGAAAUAGUCCUUACUCUCAGAUGAAAGAAUCAAAUUAUAUGAGUACCAAAGGUAAAUCACAAUCUUAUGAAAGUCAAUCAGAUUCUGGUAAAGAUUCAACUUCAGAAAAUGGUGGAUACGAUGAUGACAAUUAUGAAGGUUCCAAAGGAGGUGAUUCUUACAAUAAUAAUAAGGGAAACAGUUAUGGUUCCAACAAGGAAGAUACUUACCCUCCGGCCACCGUUCCAUCUUCAUAUGAUGAUGAUAACGAUGAAGACGAUUCCUCAUCAUCUUAUUCAAAGGGCUCCAAAGGUUAUUCCGGAUCUAAAUCAAAGUCACCCUCUUAUCCAGUUGAUUCCGAUUCAUAUGAUAAAAAGGGAGGUAAUGAUUAUCCCUCAUUGACAAGUUCAUAUGAUGGCGAUCAAGAUGAUUGGCAAUCAAGUUUCUCAGGUAAAUCGGGCAAAAGUCGAACUCGAGGAAAGAGUGGAAUCAAAGGAGGUUCUAAUAACUUGAAAUACGAUCUUUCAUCAUACUCACCAUCUUCUGACGAUUCAAGUUCCUAUUCUGGUGAUGAUUCUGAUGGUAAGCCCGAUACCGCUUCGAUCAAGGCCGCUCUUGCAAGCUAUAGUUCAUCACUCAAGGGCAGUGGUCAUGAGAGUGGCUCAGGUUCAAGUGGACUUAAGGUAAUAAAUGAUUACUCAUCUCUUAAGGAUUACGAAGGUCUCAAGGAACUUAGUUCCCUCUCUUACGGAAGUGGAUCAAAGGACUAUGGUAGCAUCAAAUCUCUUGGCGAUUUUAGUAGUGCGUUGAAAGACUUAAAGGACUUAAGUUCACUUAAAGAAUACGCAUCGUUGACCAAAGAGCGACCCAAAAAGAUCAAACUUUCCAGUUACGAUAGUUCAGAUUCUUUGGAUGAAUAUGAUUCUGGUUCAUCUUCUUCCGGGUUAUCUUCAGGUUUAUCAUCUAGUUUAUCUUCCUACUCAAGUGGAUCCGAUUCACCGGUCAACAGUUACUCUGGACUUUCCUCUUACGAUUCAUCAUCACUUCCCUCUCUCUCCUCUGGAUCUUAUUCAUCUUCUUCCGGUUUAGGUUCACUUCGUCCAUCUAAAUACUCAUCAUCGGGCUUAGGUUCACUUGGCGAAUCUUCAGCAUAUGAAUCACUGUCUUCUGGUUCAUCUUAUGGCUCCUCAGGAUCAUCACCAUCAUCAUCUGUCCUCUCAUCUCUUUCAAAUGACUCUCCAUAUGACAUUUCCUCUCUCUCAAGUUCACCCUCAGUGGCUCAUUCAUCAUCCUCUGGAUCAUCUUAUGGAUCAAGUGAUGUUUACAGCUCGCUGACCAAAAACCAGGGUUCAGGUUCGUUCAGCCCAUCGAGCUUUACCGUUUCCGAUGCUGUCUCUCUUCCAGAAAGUGUCUCAUCUUAUUCAGGAUAUUCAUCUCCUUCCAUGGGUCUCUCAUCAUCUUAUUUAUCUCCUUCAUCAUCCGCUGAUUCCGCUUCUUCUUCCUCUGGCUUACCUUUAUCGUUAUCCAAUGGCGAUAGUUAUGGUUCAAGUCCAUCUCUUGAUCUCUCUUCCCUUUAUGGGUCAAUGAUGAAAUCGUUUUCAUCUCAACUCUACUCACCUUCAUCAUCACCACCACGAUCUCCUUUAACCAUUCCAGGGUCAAUUUAUCCUGGGCCACCUUCACCACCAAUCCAGGUUAUCAAUACCUACACCAGUGGACCAUCACCCUACCCACCAGCACCAGGUCACCAUCUUCCACCUCCACCACCCUUCGGGAUGAUGUACGGUAAACCUGGUAACAACAGACCUCCCCACCACCCACCACCACCUCCAAAGCACAUGAUGAAUGGACCUCGUCCACAAAGACCAAGACGAUUCCCUGCAGUAACCUCACCACUCUCAUUGUAUAAGGGUUUACAAGGAUUAUCGUCGAUAAGUUCACCAAGUAAAUUCAGUGCAUCGUCAAUCUUGAGUUCGUUGUAUGCAUCGGGCUCAUCUCCGGCCAAAUUUGUCCUUAAAUCGAGCGGAAAAGGUUCGGGUCUACUUGGAAGUCUUGGAUUAUCUUCAUCUCCAUCACCUCAACUAUCACCACCACCGCAUCAUCAUCAUCAACCAUCAUCCUCAUCAUCAAGUAAAAAAUCAUCAUUCUCGUCACCAUUUAAAUUAGAUAAUAUCUUUGGUCAAAUUUAUAAGCUUCUUUAGAUGAUUACAAUCAAUUCAUUGGCGGGGACAAUUAAUAUCGAUCAUCAACAAUUAUUAUUAUAUUAAUAAUCACAAAAUUGGUUGUUUUUUUCACUCCUGAUUUAAUAUCAAGGGAACGACAACAAUUAACUCAACUUUGCUGUAAUUGUAACAAUUUACAACUUUUUUGAUGAUCAAAAUAACUUUUUUUUUUCAUACACUUCUAAUAAUUAAUGUAUUACAUCAAUCAAGAUCUUUGGACUACAAACAAUUUAAUUUAAUCAAAAAACAAUUUUAAACAAUUAAAACAAGAGUAAAAAGCUUAUGUAAAAAAAA